AUGGACUGUAGCCAGCCAGGCUCCUCUGUCCAUGGAUUUUUCCAGGCAAGCGUACUGAAGUGGGUUGUUAUUUCCUACUCCAGGGGCUCUUCCCAGCCCAGAGAUCGAACCCACGUCUCCUAUGUCUCUUUCGUUGGCAGGCGGAUUCUUACCCAUUGUGCUACCUGGGAAGUCGCUAGGAAUUAUGUAGGACUUGUUUUUUUCACCUCAGGUACAUGGUUAUAUAAUGAAGCCCAAUUUAAAUCUCUUUGCCUUUUAUGUUCUUCAAGCAGCAUGUGGCAUGUUCUUGACACACGGCUUUUCUGCCCUCCUCCCGAGGAGGUGCCCUCCUGCACCUUUGGGUGGAGCUGGGCACGUUGGAGCAUUGAGACGUGGUUGGCGUCAGCCGGGUGA